UUUUUUUUUAAAAGGUCUGUGUCAGUGUUUUGGGGUAUGUGUGUGUGUGUUGGUUUUGUUUUUGUAGUUGUUUGUUUUUUCAGAAAAAGUGAUAAUUAGAAGCUGUAGGAUUUUGGUCUACUGAAAACUAAAAACACUUUAGGAAUACUUUUUUGGGAGAUUGCACUGUUAAUUGUGUUUAUUAGAAUUUCAGUUCCCAAGGUGGUAUAGAGAAAUUGUGACAUUAACUAUAAAGUUGAUUUUUUUCACCCAUGCGUAUUUACUUCCCUUUUACUUUUCCUCUGUCCAGUCCAUGCAGGGGCAUUUUGAGUUUUGAAAGGUAUUUUUAGAAAUAAGAAAGCCUUUAUGUCCUGAAAGGAACCUAAAAAGUGGAAUUGGAAGUUACUAUAUACAGGAGGAACUAUUGGUAUCCUUCAAAGUAUACCAAAAAAGACUAUUGCCCAGAAGAAAAGAUGUUUGGUUUUCACAAGCCAAAGAUGUACCGAAGUAUAGAGGGCUGCUGUAUUUGCAGAGCCAAGUCCUCCAGUUCCCGAUUCACUGACAGUAAACGCUAUGAAAAGGACUUCCAGAGCUGUUUUGGGUUGCAUGAGACUCGUUCAGGAGACAUCUGUAAUGCCUGUGUCCUGCUUGUGAAAAGAUGGAAGAAAUUGCCAGCGGGAUCAAAAAAAAACUGGAAUCAUGUGGUAGAUGCAAGGGCAGGGCCCAGUCUGAAGACAACAUUGAAACCAAAGAAAGUGAAGACUCUAUCUGGAAACAGGAUAAAAAGUAACCAGAUCAGUAAACUACAGAAGGAAUUUAAACGUCACAAUUCUGAUGCUCAUAGUACCACCUCAAGUGCCUCCCCAGCUCAGUCUCCUUGUUAUAGUAACCAGUCCGAUGAUGGCUCAGAUACAGAGAUGGCUUCUGGCUCUAACAGAACGCCAGUUUUUUCCUUUUUAGAUCUCACAUACUGGAAAAGACAGAAAAUAUGUUGUGGGAUUAUCUAUAAAGGCCGUUUUGGAGAAGUCCUCAUUGACACACACCUCUUCAAGCCUUGCUGCAGCAAUAAGAAAGCAGCUGCUGAGAAGCCGGAGGAGCAGGGGCCAGAGCCUCUGCCCAUCUCCACUCAGGAGUGGUGACUGAGGAUUAGGUAGAAGGGGAACAAAAAAAAUGAUUUAGAUUUUGGGAAGAAAACAAAGCAACAAAACCCUCCUAUUUUUAACUUGGAUACCUGCUAUUCUGCCAAAAGACACUUUCUAGAAUAGUUUUGAAUGGGUUGUUAUUUCUCCUCCAGUUCCAUAAACUCUGAAGCCAGUGUCUAGCUGACUAAAAGAAAAACCAUGUACAUAAUAUUUAAGAUGCUGAGUAUUUCAUAGGAAAGCUGAAUGCUGCUGUAAAGUGCUCUUUAAGUCUUUUUUUUUUUUUUUAAAUCCCCUUCUAAUGAAUGAAAUUAGGGGAAUUUCAGGGGACAGAGAUGGGAUUUGUUGUAUGAUAAACGUUAUGUAGUUUUAGUCUUUCUAUAUUGAGAAGCAGUGGUUGGGGCAUUUUUUAAGAUGGCUGGCUAUACUUGUUUUCCUUCAUGAUAAUAAAUUUGUCAUAACUCAGUAA